AACACCUAGCUUCUUCUUCCGGUAGUUCACUAGUUAGAAUCCGGCAAGCUUCCUUCUUCUCAUGACCCUUUUGAGUUAUUUACACUGUACUCCCUCAAAGUCUUUUCCUUUUCGAGUUUUUCGCUAUCAUUUGAUUAGUGCGCACAAGCUGUUCGAUGGAAGUUCUCAAAGAAACGCAACAACGUACAUUAACCAUUCAAUCAGCGAAUCCUUACGUAAAAACUCUCCUUCGCAAGCACUUGCGAUCUUCACUAAGAAUCUCCAGCUGGGGUUAUCUGGUCGUAAUAUUGUAAACGAGGUCACUCUUUGCUUAGCUCUUAAAGCAUGUCGUGGAGACACGAAGCUUGGUUGCCAAGUCCACGGGUUCUCGAUAACCUCUGGUUUCACUUCCUUCGUCUGUGUUUCGAACGCUGUAAUGGGAAUGUACCGUAAAGCCGGUCGGUUUGACAAUGCUUUGUGCAUAUUUGAGAGUCUGGUUGAUCCUGAUGUUGUUUCUUGGAACACUAUACUCUCUGGGUUCGAUGAAGAUCAAGUUGCUAUGAGUUUCGUUGUUAGGAUGAGAUCUGCAGGAGUGGUUUUCGACGCGUUUACUUAUUCAACGGCUCUUUCCUUCUGUGUGGGGUUUGAAGGGUUUAGUUUAGGAUUACAGUUGCAUUCUAUUGUUGUGAAGACUGGUCUGGAGAGUGAUGUUGUGGUUGGGAACUCGUUUAUAACAAUGUACUCGCGUGGUGGAAGUUUCAGAGAUGCUAGGAGAGUCUUUGAUGAGAAGGUGGUUAAGGAUAUGAUUACGUGGAACUCUUUGUUGUCAGGACUUUCUCAAGGAGGUAAUCUCGGGUUUGAGGCGGUGCUUGUGUUUAGGGAGAUGAUGAGACAAGGUGUGGAGCUUGACCACGUGUCUUUUACUAGCGUGAUCACUACUUGUUGUCACGAAAAUGAUCUGAAGAUAGCUAGGCAGAUCCAUGGUCUGUGCUUAAAAAGAGGUUAUGCGACACUUGUUUCCGUUGGUAAUAUGUUGAUGACGAGUUACUGGAAGUGUGGGGUUGUAGAAGCUGCGAGAUCAGUGUUUUACGAGAUGAGCGAGAGGAAUGUUAUCUCUUGGACAACGAUGAUCUCCGCGAAUAAAGACGAUGCUGUGUCUAUCUUUCAUAAGAUGAGGUUAGAUGGAGUGUUCCCUAACGAGGUCACGUUUAUUGGUUUAAUCAACGCUGUUAAGUGCAAUGAGCAAAUCAAAGAAGGGGUCAAGAUGCACGGGAUAUGCAUCAAGACUGGUUUUGCUUCGAAACCAUCUAUUGGCAACAGUUUCAUCACAAUGUACGCCAAGUUUGAGGCUCUGGAGGACGCCAAGAAGGCGUUCGAUGAGAUAAAUGUCAAGGAGAUUAUCUCCUGGAACGCUAUGAUCUCUGGAUUUGCUCAAAACGGAUUCUCGCUCGAAGCUCUCAAGAUGUACUUAUCAGCAGCGGCGGAAGCAACGCCGAAUGAGUACACUUUCGGAAGUGUGCUAAACGCAAUAGCCUCUGCGGAGAAUAUUUCUCUGAGGCAUGGUCAGCGUUGCCAUGCUCAUAUACUGAAGUUGGGUUUAAACAGCUGUCCCGUUGUUUCGAGCGCGCUUCUCGAUAUGUACGCCAAGCGUGGGAGCAUCGAUGAGUCAGAGAAAGUCUUUGACGAGAUGUCUGAAAAGAACCAGUUUGUUUGGACAUCGAUAAUCUCGGCCUACUCAAGCCACGGGGAUUUUGAAUCGGUGAUGAGCUCGUUUCAGGAGAUGGUUAACCAGAACAUAGCACCGGAUCUGAUCACGUUUCUGUCUGUGUUGACAGCUUGUAAUAGAAAAGGUAUGGUGGACAAAGGGUAUGAGAUUUUCAGCUCGAUGACCAAAGACUACUGCCUCGAGCCGUCUCAUGAGCACUACUCGUGUAUGGUCGACAUGCUUGGCCGAGCCGGGAGGUUGAAAGAGGCAGAGGAGCUUAUGAUUGAGGUUCCUGGAGGACCAGGGGUGUCGAUGCUGCAGAGCAUGCUGGGGUCUUGUAGGCUGCACGGGAACUCUAAAAUUGGAGAGAAAGUGGCUGAGCUUGUUAUGGAGAUGGAACCGAAGUUGUCAGGUUCUUAUGUUCAGAUGUAUAACAUCCAUGCAGAGAUGGGACAGUGGGAAAAAGCUGCGGAGAUUAGGAGGAGGAUGAGGAAGAAAGAUGUGAAGAAAGAAAUAGGAACCAGUUGGGUUGAUUUUAUUGAUAGUGAAGGUUCUUUGACGACGAUAGGUUUCUCUUCAGGUGAUAAGUCUCACCCGAAGUCUGAUGAGAUUUAUGGAAUGGUGGAAACUCUUGGUUUGGAGAUGGAUUUGGAGGAGGAGGUUGCACGUUCAGGGCUUUUAUUCAGAGUUGUUUAAAGAAGGUUGAAGUUGAAAUCAAAAUCUAGAAACGUUAGUUGUAGGAACACACUGAGUGUGAGUAUACAUGAUUGAUUAUAUUUGUUUUUUUUCUUUCAUCUACUGUACCUGCAUCUGUUUUGUAAGAACUAGGCCUGAGCAUUUUGGAUACCAGUUCAUGUAUGGUAGUUCGGGUGGGGUUUAAAGCUUUAGAGGAUUUGUAUGAACAUGCAAAUUUUCGGUUUGGGUUGGUUUCGGUCGGUUUUUGAUAAUUUGGACGAUUCAAAUACUUUUGGAUAUCUUAAAGAUUUUAAAUUAUAAAUAUAUAUUUCUGGUUAUGUUAUAUGUCAGUAAUGUUUUAUAUAAUCCAGUACCUACUCGGUUUUUGGUUCGUAGUUCGCUUCGGUUGUUUCGAAAAUAAUAUAAAAACUGUUCAGAAUUUGAAAGUUUAGGUCUGGUUUUGGUUCUGUUCCGGUUUGUAUUUUUCAAUUCCAUAAACGGUUUAACAUGGUCUUCAGAGUUUGAAGUCAUUUACCGGUACGAUUGUUUGUUAAGCUAACGAAGCCAUAACAGAAUAUCUAUUCUAUUAAAAGAACAGUGUGACCAAUUGAUAAAAUGUUAUGUCCAAUUGAAAAAUAUAAGUGCAUCUAAAAUAUAAAUGUAUAACAUAAAAUAUAACUAUAUCUAAAAAAACGUAACCACCUUCCUGUUAAAAAAAACAUAACCACCUUCCAUAACCACUUAAGCUCCUAUUUUAUAGGCUAGGUAUAUGGCAACAAACAAUAAAUAUCGAACUCUGGUAUCUAAUUAUAUGGCCAAUAUACAAACCGAAUACUAUAAUUUAUUUAACGAGCGACACAUUAUGAUUAUCUUUGAAAGGCUAUACUAUAUAGUUCGUAUAUAUGCAUGCAAAAAAUAUAUAUGUUAAAAUGAGAAAUUUGAAAAGCAAGCACAAUCUAUAAAAACUAUAACAAACAACAAAGUAUAUUUUUGGAAGUAAAUUUAAGAUUACUAUUUAAGUUGAUAUUAUUAUGUAAGUAUUAUUUACAAAAAUAUAUACUUAUGAAAAGACCAGUUAUAGGAAAAGAUUUUAUGAUAGUCAAUAUUGAACCUCGCCAUCCAUCCAUGGAUGGUGUUCUUCGCUUAAUUGUUACUCUAGACGGUGAGGGUGACAGUUUUAGUUUAACGAGUUUUAAACAGGUUAUUCGAUUAAAAAUAUUUAGUAGAUGUGAUUUUACUUACAAUUAGUGAAGUACAUAUUAACCCACACACACAUAUAUAUAUAUAUAUAUUUAUAUAUAUAACAGAAUAUUUUAAAAAUAUAUUUUUUCAAAUAUUUUUCAAAAAAUUUCUUCGGUUUACGGUACUGGUUGGAUUUGAUAUUGGUUAUGGGAUAUAAACUUUGAGAACCGUCCGAAUAUAUACGCCAGGUCUAAUAGAGUAUGAGACUUUUAUUUCCGAGUCGAUUCCGAGUUGGGUUUUUUGGAUACGAAAUAUUCUUGAUUAGUUAUGUUUGGUAACUAAUAAGAAAAUAUAAUAUAUCACAAACUUUAGGAAUAAAGUGAAAAUAAUUUAUGAUAUGCAUAUGACACAAGUGUAUAGUUAUGCAACUUGACAUAUUUAAUAUAAUUACCAAAAUGAUAUUAAAUUAAUAUUAAACACAAAUAUGAUUACAAAAAAUAACAUAAAUAUAAAUAUCAAAUUUUACAAAAAA